ACAAUAUAUGUACAUGAUUUGGUACAUGGUACAUAUACAUAACUAUAAGUGUACAUUGAUCUACGUUAGAGGGCAGUAAUUAAGUGCUAAGCGUGCAGUAUGCUGGAAAAAGGAUGGAGUCUCUCCUACCCUCGGACAGGUUUGACCAGGGAGUCAUGGAUCGAUUCCUAAACUACUCCGAACUCCCGAUCCUAGGUUCUACAGCUCUAGAACAGAUCCUUCAUUCUUCCCUAGCUGGUGAUCAUCAUCCUCAAUAUACAGCAGUCAUGUCUCCAGACUCAUCUCAAUGGACAGCAUCAACCUCAGGGGUAGAGUCCGGUUCAGAGUCUCCAGAUGAACACAACGACGACCUUGAUUGCCUUCCAGAUUCUACGACAGAACGGGACAUCGACACUAUGUCAGUUAACUCUGAUCCGCUAAAUUCUAGCGGAUCAGAAUACUCCUUUGCCGCUAGUCCACCAGCCUUUGAACCUUUGCUCCAGGAGGAUUUUCAGUUUGAAAAGGGGAUGAAAAGAAAGCAUGUGAACUCCGAGUCCAGCGAAAGCUGCAAAAAACGGUCUAGAAAAUCUAAGAUUGGACCAACUGAUCUGAUGUGCCCCCUCUGCGAUUAUACAACCCGUGUUAAAGAGCACCUGGGAAGUCACAUGAACUCGCAUGCUAGCGAAAGAAAGUAUAUGUGUAAUCAAUGUGGGCAAACCUUUAAAUGGAGCCAUAGUUUGAGAAGACACCAGAGAACCCAUACUAAAGAAUACAAGUAUACCUGUACAUACUGCCCUAAAUCAUUCUCACGAAAGGAUCAUCUUGCUGUUCAUGAAAAACUCCACGAUUCUGAUAACUCUGAGAGUUUUCCAUGUCCUGAGUGCGGAACAACCUUUAAGAACAAGAAAACUCUGACCGGUCACUUGAAAACCCACAGUUCGGACAAACCCUAUAAAUGCGGGAGCUGCGAAUCUGAAUUUACACGAAAAGCUAGUUUGACCCGUCACGUGCUGGCAGCCCAUGCCGGUCAAGUGUUCCAUUGUGAUAUCUGCCAUGCCCCCUUCAGCUACAAGAGUACUCUAGAAGAUCAUAGACGUGCUGUUCAUAACUCAGGAAAACGGGAUUUCCACUGCACUGGAUGUGGUCUCAGUUUUGCGUGCAAAGCAUAUCUACAGAAGCACAUGGGAGUUUGUAAACAACGAGCUGACCGAUCAGAUGUCCCCUGUCCAGAGUGCGGGGUCAAAUUUCCAACUAGACGUCAUGUUCAGGAACACAGACGAUCAACGCACAAACGAGCAAACUCGCUUCAACAAACCCAAAACAUUGGACACAGUGUUGGACAAUAUUUUGAUAAUAACGGAGGGGUUUGCUCCACACCUCUUCCAUCCUUCAGCCCCGGCCUACAGGGAUACGAAGACCGGCUCAACACACCUAUGUACGCAUCACGAUGUGAAGUGUGCCACGCCUUUUUUGAGAACCAGACCGCUCUUGAGGCACACUUUUUAAGCCAUGUCUCUCAAAACCCGUGUCUGACCCCCCUGGACCCCCUUCUCAACCAGCCUCCUGUAGGAGUUGAACUUCCUCUUACUCAGCUAGAAGGAGAACCCAUUGAGGAAAACUUCGGAUCCAUUCUUCGUCAGGUUUAUGAAAGCGAGCAUAGCGAGUUUGGUUCCAAGAACAGUGGCAACAAUUAUAUCAGUCAUAUGACGAUGUUGUAUGAUCUUCUGUAGUAAGACAGGGACCCGGAGUUAAAACAAACUAGAAAUUCAUAAAUUGUGAUAUAAUAUUUCUUAAACUUAAUUUUAUAUAUUUUAUAAAUAAAAAGUGUGA